CGCAGCGCAAUCAAGCCUCGUUUUUCGUCCAUCGUUUUCCGCCGCUUCGCCUCGCAAGCUCCGUCUUCCCUCAACCCUUAUUACUCAUCACCCGGAGCCUGACCACGCAACCCACAACCCACGCACCGACCAACAACUUCGACCACGCACAAACCAAACCCUUUGGCCUUUCCAGCUGCCCGUUGCCCGUUGCCCGUAUCGUCUCUUCUCCUCCUGCGGCCGCCGGCUCGAUUGCUGCCUUUUUACAUUUGGUCAUAACCGCCCCCUCCUGCUUGUUACGAGGACUUCCCCAAGGCCUGUGCUGCCCGUCACCCCGUCUGCACCUCACAUCACCACGGCCCUAUCAUCAUCAUCAUCAUCAUCAUCUCCCCCCAUUCGGUCUUGAUCAGACAUCAUUUCCUCUGGCUCCUUCGUACCAUCCCUCCGGCUCCUGCGACUUGUAGCCUGUUUCGUCGGUCGUUCCAAUCAUUCAGCAACUCCACCACGGGCUCCCCUCCUCCCCACGAAACAGAGUCCAUUAUUGUCAUCAGUAUAAUCAUCAUCAUCGAUGCAACCGGCACUCGCUCCUCGCACGGCUAGCUCUUCCUCAAUCAUGCCUCAGGACAUUGUCAAAUCCGAGCACUGUACGUAUCGUAAUCCUCGACCCACUCUGCGCUCUGGGACUGGGGCCUGAGACCCUCCGGCCCUCACCCAUCACCCGCUAUUCCUUGUCCAGCCUUCUGCACCAUUUGCUCGCCUCUUCCUUCUGCUUCCACACAUUCGCCCUGGUCGCUUUCCCUUGCAUGCCUACACCUGCCCGCUGCCUAUCGCCGAUCCCGUUCCGCGAUACCCAAAUACCGUAUUGUAACUUUGGUUUGGUUUGCGGUUUUUUUUACCGUUCACCACACACCCCCCCCCUGCAAGAACAGCAUCAUUUAUCCUGUCCCCAAAAAGAAGCAAGGGUAUCGAACCACCCCCUCCCCCCCCCGGUCUCCUCUCCCGUGGCAUACAUAUACCCUCGAGGGCCACCUCCUCUGUCCAGCCUUGUCUCCCCGUACCUUGUUGGACUUGAGGACUUUGAUUGUUCUUCGGACUGUUUGUGUCUUCUCAACCCGCUCAGAUUGAUACACCAUAACAUUCUCUUCUGUACCACCACACCCCACAACACCAUGACAUCUAUUACUCAGCUACUUUCCCCGUGGCCGGUCUCUAAGCAUUCAAUAGUUCUGCGCGAGCAACACUAUCCUCCACCACCUCAGUCAUCCAUGCUGCCGGAUCAUCUCGACAGCAUGCCCCAGCACCACCCCUCGCCGCCACAAGAUCCUGCGCACAACGACACCGUCACCGGCAGCGCAGAGAGCGAUGGGGGCGAGAACAAUGGCGAUGGCCGCAAAGGCUACGGCAAGCGUGAGCUGAGUACCAGCAAGAGAGCUGCCCAAAACAGAGCUGCCCAGCGGGCCUUCCGACAACGAAAAGAGGGCUAUAUCAAGAAGCUCGAAGAGCAAGUGCGAGACUAUCAGGUUCUGAGCGAAAACUUCAAGGCCGUUCAAGCCGAAAACUACCAACUCCGAGACUACAUCAUCAAUCUCCAGUCUCGAUUAUUAGAGUCGCAAGGCGAGGUGCCGCCGCCGCCCAGCAACGUCGACGGCCUGCAACCUGGCAAGGCCGGCCCUCCUCAACAACCAGGCACCUUACCUCGUCUAUCAGAAUUGGGUGCGGUGGGCCAACCGCAGGAUGGUCUCAACAGCCUCCACCAUGACCCUCAUCGCAGUGGCUAUCCCGAUCCAACAUUUUCCGAGUCUCCUGUCACCAAGCGCCCGAGAACAGGAUCAGCCGAAAUGACGCCAUCUCAAGCAGCAUUGCAAGGGCCUGCCAUUCUGUCACAGCAGCCUGCAGGUGCGCGAUAAGACGACGAGUUUUCUUCAGUUUUCUCCUCCCGCACUCGGCGGGAAGACCAGUGUCAUGAGAGGGGCGUUUUGCUCUACAAGGUUCACAGGAAAGGCAUUGCUAAGGGGCGUUGACUCGCGCUGGGCUUCCCAAUGGGGGCGGACCAUCGCUGUACUGAACAUGAAUGUAACGGCGUUCGGGAACAUAAAUCAAGGGCGACGAUCGCAUGAGGUCAGGGGCAAAGGCGCUUGUGAUGUCAGACCUUACCAGACCCAACAUUUUCAAAAGGGCGCUGGCUGAAUGAUGAUGACGAGCAAGAACAAGAAGAAACGGUAGAUGUGGGAAGGAAUGGCUGUGUGGAUAACACGCCACCGGCCAAGACAAGUGUGAUGGAGUAAACGUCUCUCUACACGUGUACUACCGUUGAAAUCUGGUAGCCAGCAACAUUGUACAAGAAUUCAAGGCUGGUGUAUGAAACGAACUCGAGCGUGUGGUUGUGUGUGAGCGCGUCGCAUUCAUUGUACAGCCAGAUCCUGAGUCAGCUAGCAGCUCGCAGAGCUUCAAUGAGGCUUUCCAUGACGCGAGAGGAACCGAGCUUGGGUGCCCGCGCAUGGGCUUUGACUUGCGGGUGGUUUCUGGUUCCUAACUCCGACCAAGG